AUGGGGACUGUACCUGACCCUCUAAGAUCAGCUAAAACUUCCCUCAUCACAGCUUCUGGAAAAGAAGAGGGUAUAGGAGAGAUACAGGCUGCCUCGCCUCAACCUCAAGCAGCUCCCCCAUGUAAGAAUACCAAUGGCCUUCUUAGCAAGCCUUCGGAACCAGACCUCGGUCCCAGAGCAGCUUCGGAGGCUCUGAUGCAGGCCUGUGAGCAUGAGACCACCCAGCCAGACAUGUCUUCUCCCGGCAUCUUCAAUGAGGUAGAGAAAGCAUCUCCCACACUCAACUCCCCUGGCAAUACCCAGCUUCCAGGAAACAGUGAGCCCACAGAACUAGCUUCAUGUUCUGCAGCAGCUAAGGAUCUCAUACAUGCAGCAUUUACAAUGCCAGCCAGUCAGCACACCCACCAGGCCAUCCCAGGUGACCAGCCCAAUGCCAGCCCCUCAUCAGGAUCUGAAGAUCCACUGGGGAAAUCACAGAGAACCUCAGAUGGGGAGCAAUCGGAGAAGUCAAGCUGUCCUGUGGGAGGCACUUGUGACAGCAGCAAAGAUCAAGUGCCCUGUGAUUUUCCUUCUCAAGAACCAAUCCAGGGAAUGGUACAAACUGCAAAUCCAGCAGCCAAGUUGUUUAGUCAUGUCUCCUCUCCUGUAGGCGGGCCUAAAGGGGAAAGUCAGGGAGCCAUUUACGACUCCAAGAUGAGGUCCUGUGAAUCUCCAGCAAGAGAAGAUGGAUGUUCUUCGAACAAACAGCCCUCUGCCACCACCUCAGACACCCAGGCCUUGAGUUCUGUGACACCUCAGCCAUCCCACCUCACUAGCAAAGGUUCGACAUUUCCUGAAGAUUCAGAGAAGAUGCCUCCACCAGCACAGCAUCAGGUGUCAAGGUUCAAAGAAGCAAGUACGAUGACCAACCAAGCUGAAGACGAGAUGAAGGAAGUUCCCAACAGGGCCCAGCAAGAUGCUGAGGUGCAGGCAGUGGUGAGUGUCGAGAGCAGAUCUGUCUCCACCAGCCCCAGCAUCCUCCCUGCAUUCUUAAAGGAAACCCCGGCUCCUGAGCGUUUGGAACAAGAGCAUCUGCAUGUCAUUUGCCACGGCAGCGGGAGCCACACACUGGAGCUGUCAGUCAACACCCUGGCCCCCCAGGGGUCGGGGCAGUGCCCUGGCAUCAUGCCAGAGGUGCACAUCCAGGCAACCACAGCUGUUUCCACGGCUUUCCAAAAGGAUAGUAAAUUGGUGAGCCUACCAGGUGAGGUCCUCAAUACCUCAGCAAUCAAUGUGGCAUCCAAUUAUGCUCAGGAUACCUGUACAGAAGAUGGGAGGUCAGCGGGAAUAACCCCAGUGAGAGCAGAGCCCACCUCUAAACAGCUUUCAGGUACUAAUUGUAGUUCCCUGAAAACUAACCUUACUGACCAGAUUUUUAUCCCUGCAGGAAGUCAAGAUGAAACCAGUCAUGGAUUUGGGAAAUUUGAAACCAAGCCGCCUGAGCUUGCAGGGAAAACCACAAAUGACCACAAGACAGACCCAGAUUGCAAACUCUUUGACUCCUGCGGCCCUGCCAUCAAAACUGAGCAGUUAGGGAGCUCGGAUCCCACUAAUAAAGGAGAGGCAAAAGAGAAGAAGCCUGCGUAUCUUCAGAUGGCAAAAGAACAAGAAUCUAGUGGCGCGGAUAUCCUAGGUGGGAGGGCAGAAGCAGAGACCAAAACCCUACUGCUCAAUCCUAAAUCUCAAGAAAGUGGAGCCACAGAGUCAGCUGCACAUCCCAUACCCUCUCCAGUUAGAAAUAACCAGGAGAGCACCCUAGAAGAGAAUAGACAGACCAAGACAGUCACCAGCCUGAGCCUGCCCUCUGAUUCCAUGGGUGACUCUAGUCCUAGUUCGGGCAAGAGGACCCCUUCUCGCUCGGUCAAAGCCAGCCCCCGCCGGGGCAGCCGGGUCAGCGAGUUUCUCAAGGAGCAAAAGUUAAACGUUACAGCGGCUGCCGCGCAGGUGGGCCUCACUCCGGGAGAGAAGAAGAAGCAGCUUAGUGCUGAAGCCAAGCUGCAGUUGAAACAGUCCAAGCGCGUCAGGGACGUGGUAUGGGACGAGCAAGGCAUGACCUGGGAAGUGUACGGCGCUUCCCUGGACCCGGAGUCCCUGGGCGUCGCCAUCCAGAACCAUUUACAGAGACAAAUCCGGGAACACGAGAAAUCAGUCAAAGCGCAGAACAGCCAGACCCGGAGAUCCAUUUCCUCAGAUACUUCUUCGAAUAAAAAGCUCAAAGGCAGGCAGCACAGCGUUCUCCAGUCCAUGCUGCAGAACUUCCGACGCCCCAACUGCUGCGUCCGUCCUGCCCCGUCCUCGGUGUUGGACUGA